AUUUUCAACUAAAAAUAAAAAUUUUGUUUGUGGGUUUGAAAAUGCUAACUUUUGAAAACAAACUUGUUUCAAAGUGGAACUUUUUGAUAACACUGUUUAUCUCUGUGGCUACAUUCAUACUUCAAACAUUAGUGCUCAGUUGCGAUUUAUUGCUGAUUUAUUUUUAUUUUUUUGUAUGGCUAUUCACAUUAUCAUUUUUAAAUGUGGCCAAUAUCAGAAGCCAGUGUGAACGAAAGACGGUCCUGAACUGAGCCACUUGUGCAAAAGGACGAUAACAAGACGACAUGAAGCUCUCUGUCAUACUGACGCAGAAACGAGAUGUACUGUAUGCAUAUACAUAUGAAAAACAAUGCAAUCAUCAACAAUAAACAGCAUUUAAAUGAAAACUGCCUAAUUUUACAGAGUGAAUUGGCUAAGGUCUGUGCAAGCUUUGGGGGUGAAUUCCGUUUUGGUUGUUCAGACUGCGGUCAUGUAGCAAAGUUAUGAGCUUAAUUAGAUUUAAUACCACAUAUUGAAGAUUCCAUUUUGUGCUGUUCACACUGUGAUGAAACUAAAUUAUCGGAGUCAAAUAUGAGCAAAAAAAAAAAAGAUUUGGAUCACAUUUUCAGAGUGAACAUUUCUGAGAGUCCAAUUCCGUAGUAAGUACUAAUUGUUAUUUAAAGAAUUUCCCCACGUCUGAAUUGGACUAUAGCUAGACACACAGACACUGCUAAUCCAUUCAAGAGUGUGCACAUUUUGUUUAUUGCUUCAUACACUGUAAUUAAUCAAGCCAUGUUGAGUCCAUUUAGUCUGGAGUUGUAGACGCUCACUAAACCGACUGAUCAGUGAAGAUGCAAAUAUACCAGUUUGUUUGAUGUUUCUCAUUUCUGCUUGUUCAUGCAGAGGGGGUGAAAGAGGCAUGAGCAGGAAAGGGCCACUUAGCGAAUCAACCGUUUCCUCUUGAGUAAUUGAAGCCAGAGCCACUGCUGCGAUCAAGCAGCCUAAAGUUGUGAUGGAAUUUGGAUUUCAACGACUCCAAAUGUGCAUGUGGAUUUGUUGAGAGAUCUUGAUGGCAGCUGAGAGAAACCCUGUGUCAUGUUACCUGGAUGAAAGGACCUUCCGGCUUUGCUGUCAGCUCUUUCUCCAACACUCUGAGACCAUCAAGGAUGGCUGGAGCUGGGAGCAGAUCAAGGGCACUGAUGAAGGCUUCAUGAAGAAGACUCUUCUCAUCCCUGUAAAAUCCAGUGUUUUGCAUGAACAACCUAAGAGUUCCAUGCAGGAUGAAGACAUGGUGACGGAUAACAUCCAGGCAAACGUUGAGGAUGAAACGGCUGGAGUUCAGGCAGUAUGUGAAAUUCACGCUGUGCUGCGCUAUGAAUACCACGUUCUGUAUUCUUUCAGCUAUCAGAUCCCUGUCCUCUAUUUCAGAGCCUCCGCGUUAGAUGGGCAACCCCUGUCUCUUGAGGAGGUGUGGAGCAAUGUUCAUCUGAACUAUAGACAGAGACUACAGCAGGGACCCUGGGACACACUGACCCAACAGGAACAUCCUUUACUGGGCCAACCGUUUUUCAUGCUUCAUCCAUGUCGCACCGAGGAGUUUAUGAAACCUGCUCUGGAUUUGGCACAAGCUGAAAACAAGAGGGUGAACUAUAUCGUAACUUGGCUCAGUGUUGUUGGACCCGUCAUCAGGCUGGACGUCCCUUUGAGCUACAGCACCGAGUCUGACAUUUCUCUACAUUAUGCAGCCAAGUAGUAUGCUGUGCCAGGACAUGGUUUAAAAGUUGAAUGGAAUCAAAUCCCCCUGAAAUUGUGAGCAUCUGAAACGGAGGAGAUGAGUUUAGAGUCCGGAGUUUGAGAGAAGACGGUGAAAGUCCUCAGUCAGCAUGUCUAAAUGGGGAGCGCGUCUCUCAGGGGACUGUAUCAGUGUUGGUAAGGAGGUCAGCCUCCUACCCGGAGCAUCUCGCUCUAAUGGACAGACAGGAAUGAUGGAGGGGAGAGAGAGAAAUACAUAGAUGAAGCACGGAAGGGAAAUGUUACCUGCUUCAUAAACAGAGCAAUUCUUAAAGAUUUAGGUCACCCAGAAAUUAAGGGCUGUCAAGCUCAAUUAUAGUCUUCAAAUCUUUUCAAAUCUGUGUAUUUGAAAUUGAAAUGUCCAAUUGGUGUUUGGUUUCAUUUGUGUCUUGAAUUCAUUUCUCACACAGAGCUACAAGUCACAUAUGGACUGAUUUUAUCCCAUCUAACAAAAAUAUGUUCUUUGAACGUUUUGUUAAUGUUAGUUAUUAAAUUACAAAAACGUUCUCUGACAUUUUUCCUUUUUAUCGGGCAGAAACAUUACAGGAACAUUCCCUUUUAUCAUUAUGGGAACACUUUUGAAUGUUCUCAGAAUAUAUUAACAGUUUAAAACGUUCCAUGGUCCAUGAACGAUGUAUAAAUAACAUUUUUGUACUGGAAUUUUGAGAAAGUGCGUUAAAGACCAGAUAACUUUGAAUAAAUGUUCUAUAAACUUUCUGUAAUGUUGAGACAAUGUUAGAACAAACAUUAAGGGAACGUUAUUUUUGAAUGAUGGUAACUUUUUUUUUUUUAAGACUAAACUAAAGUUUCAAUUUACAUGAAUGAUGUUUGUUUUUGUGCUGACAUUUUGAGAAUGUUAACUAAAGACCAGAUAACUUUGAAUGACCAUUGUAUUAACAUUAAAGCAAUUACAUUUCAGCAUUAGGGGAAUAGGCUACUUUUGAAUGUUUUCUGAACAUUCCAAAAUAACUAUUAAUUAGUAACAUUUAAGUUAGUCGAACCUUUAGCAUUUCUGGAUGAGAGACAUGAGAGUGAUUAAAUGGUAACUAAAUAAUUGAUUGGAAUAGUAAAAAAAAAAAAAAACGCCUACUUUUUGUCAUGUUCUCACCCUUGUUGCGUUUCGAAACCACAUAAUGUCCUAUGUUUUUAUUGAAUAAACUGCCACAAUUAAAAUGAAUAGCGACUGUGAAUCUCCAAAUAUGAAAAAAGAGGGCAAUAAAGUAAUCUUGAUGAAA